AUAUAGCGCACGUGACCGCUCGUGGUAGCGUUAUAUAUUUCGUCUCUUCCUCCCUUUCGCAAACCCUAGUAGGACGGCUGUUUUUGUAGCAGGUAAAAAGGCCAAGUACGGUAGGGUUUAGGGUUUUGUUGAACCAAUGGCACCUAAAGCUGAUCCUACGAAAAAGUCUGACCCGAAGGCCCAGGCCAUAAAAACUGCUAAGGCUGUGAAAUCAGGUGCAUCAACCUUCAAGAAGAAGGCCAAGAAGAUACGAACAUCAGUUACAUUUCAUCGACCAAGGACAUUGAAAAAGGAUAGAAACCCCAAGUAUCCUCGCAUUAGUGCUCCCCCAAGGAACAAGCUUGAUCAUUACCAGAUCCUAAAAUUUCCUCUCACCACCGAGUCAGCAAUGAAGAAGAUUGAGGAUAACAACACUUUGGUUUUCAUUGUUGACAUUCGUGCUGACAAGAAAAAGAUUAAGGAUGCAGUCAAGAAGAUGUAUGACAUCCAGACCAAGAAGGUCAAUACCUUGAUUAGGCCCGAUGGGACAAAAAAAGCUUAUGUCAGGUUAACACCAGACUAUGAUGCUUUGGAUGUGGCAAACAAGAUUGGGAUAAUCUAAGAUUAGGGAUAGACCUUCUAGAUUGUUUUUGGUUAUAAGUAUUUUUGGUUUACAAAACAUUUUACUAAGAAUUUUAGAUUGUGUUCUGUUAAGAACUGAAUUGAAAGAUUGUAAUCCUUUCUUUGGUUUCAGUAACUUGCAUUGCCUAUGGGGUGGUUAUUGAUGGUUGUGUUUUGGAAA